AUGAGCGUCGAUUUGAAUACUAGGAAGCUGGAAAAGCAAGUGAAAGAGAGAUUGUUUGAGCAACUCAACCAAUGCACGAGGCAAGAUCCAAUUUUGUUACUGAUCCAACCAUCUCUGGUCCCCUACAUCAAUGCGCUGUGUACUUUCAGCGAGCUGACGAAGCAUACACGAGUGAAUGUGAUCAUGACGCUCGACGAGAGCUGCCUAGGUAAUCUUCUAAGCAUGGACGUCGGGCUUACAAAGCUGGUUGUGCUGCUGGACGUGCGCUCAGACUUAAAGGUGCCGGACCAACUGCAUGAGAUUAUAAGGGGGCUUUCGCUGCGCAAGCUGGAUGUGAUCUCUGCGUCGUGGAAAGAGCACACCGAGAUUGAGGAAGCCAAGGUGUUUCCGGACUACCUGCAGCUGCAGCUUGACGAGGUGGCUUUGCGUGUCCACAAAUGGUGCAUGCUGCCGGUAUGUUACCUCGACGACGACUUUCUGAACUGCAAUGUGCUCAUGACCAGCGAUGGCCAGAAUCUGUAUUAUCCGGCCACGCCGUCGCUUGCGGGAACCACGCGGAACGUGCUCGUGAACCACUUGAAAGAAAGUCUGGUGUCGCUUUGCCUGGAGAACGACAUAACCAUUACGCAUUCGGUUGCCCUCGGCCCCAAUUCCAAGAGGCUUGUCGACGCUCUGCAGACAGACCUGCGUGACCUGGUGACCCAGGAGGCUCAGGCGCAGCAGAAGGUGCUCUACGGCAAGCGCCACAGCGGGCUCCAGACGGACCUAAUUGUCUUCGAGCGUCAGAUUGAUAACAUGACCCCGCUGCUAUCGCAGCUUACAUACGUGGGGAUGCUGAACGACGUGUUCACGUUUACUGCGGACUCGAAGCUACAGGACCUGCGUGUAGGCGACGUGCUGGAGAACCCGGAGGACCAGCGAGCAGUGCACCUCGACUACAAAGAGGACGGCGUGUGGAAUGAGCUCAAGUAUGUCAACUUCGGGGCCGUCGGGACAAAGCUCAACACCUGGGCCAAGGAGCUGAAGGGCCAGUACGACGCGCGACACCAGGUGGAGACCGUCGGCGAGAUCAAGCGCUUCGUCAGCGGGCUCGGCGACCUGCAGCAACGCCAGAAGCUGCUCAAGCUGCACACGGGCAUCUCGAGCAAGAUAAUGGAGCACGUCAACCACGGCGCCAUCUUCCAGCAGCUGAUCGAGACCGAGCAGGACUUCUGCAUGAACAACCUCGACAACCGCGCCAGCUGCGAGCGCAUCCUGGACCUCAUGUACUCCGGCGCCCCGAAGGACGUCGUGCUGCGCCUGUGCUGCCUCCUCUCGCUGACCAAGAACGGUAUCCGCGACCGCGAGUUCCUCACGCUCAAAACAGAGAUCCUCGACGCCUUCGGCGUCGAGGUGCUGCCCGAGCUCGAGCGCCUCACCGCGCACGGGCUCUUCCUCAGCAAGACCGUCUUCCCCGCGCGCUCCGCCGUCAAGGACUUCCAGACCCUCGCCGCCUGGUACGACCUCUGCCCGCAGCUCGACCGCCCCAUCGACCCGCUCGACCCCCGCGAGCCCACCUUCACGCUCUGCGGCGUCAUCCCCCUCUCCGUGCGCAUCCUGCAGUCCCUCUACGACCGCUCCGUCGCCCUCCAGCACUACUCCUCCCAGCAGCCCUUCGUCAUCUCCCGCGCGCCCUCGCUCGCCCGCCUCGAGCCGCUCUUCGCCGCCCAAUACGGCCGCGACACCGCCCACCAGCGCGUCUGGGACCGCUCCGCAGACCCCGCCACCAUCGCCGUCGGCGCGCCUGGCCGCGCCCCGGACCUCGCCCUGCUUGUCUUUGUCGGCGGCGUCACCCCCGCAGAGCUCGCCACCGUCGCCUUCCUCCAGCGCGCCCUGCGCGCCAAGAACGUCCGCAAGCGCUUUGUCGUGCUCGCGGACGGCCUCCUGCGCGCGGCGCCCCCCGUCUGA